GCCCUAAAUUAGAAAAUUUAGGAUAUGUUCAAGCAAUGGCUAAUAUGAAAGAAAAACAUGAUCGCUCAACUCCUUCAAAUCAUCAUUGGAAAAUUCUGAAAUGCAGGAUGAUAAUUUUUUCAACAUCUUCAAUAUUGGCUUGUCCAGAUAAAUCUGACGAGAAGCAACUACAUAUUGUGUUUAACCAACACGGCAGGGACUUUGAUACUUUGAUGUCACUUUUUUCAAAAUUUUCAUUGCAACAAGUAGGCAAUAUCAAUAAAGUGACAAAAGAAAUGUUUGCAACUUGUUUCCGAUACACUAUGACCGCUAGGAUGGCGCCAAUUUGGAAUGUUUUAGGAUAUAAUUACAUGAUAAAUAACAGAGAUUUUUUGACAGCCACUGGACCUCAAAAUGGAAUACAGUUAUUUUUAAACAGUAACGGGGACUCUAUUAACAUGAAAAUUAACCCGGUUAAGAUACAUGUAAUUAAACCCGACGAACCUUUUUUACCUGAAGAAUAUGUCAGAGUACUACCAAGUUUGAAUAAGGCUAUUAUAAAAGAACGAUUUGAAAGUUUACUAACUGGUGGAGAUUUUAAGUCUUAUAAGGAUUUACGUCGCCAUUGGAAAAAUGUUCAUGGUUACCGAUUACCUGAUACUGAAUGCUCAUCGUACUACUCGCUGCAAUUUUGGCGGGGCGAACCUUUGAUUUAUCCUGACAUAUGCCUUACGAGAGCGUUUCCAAUUAUAACGCCUCUGCCAAAGUCGACAGGUGUGACCCUGGCAUCAGCGUUUGUUGAAACUUUAGUAAACAAAAUGCCGUAUAAUGUUCGAAAAUCUCCAUCCCAAUUCAAGGAAACUGUUAAUGUUUCACGUGAUGAAAACGAUAAUUUUCUAAGAACUCAAGCAGUGAGCCUUUGUACACCUUCACAAAGCCAACGAAUUCAACGCGAGGGAAUCCUAAAGAACCAAAACCGCAGAAAAUACGUUAAGAAAAUGGGCAAGCAUAAGGAGUGGCGUAGGAUAGCUAAGAGAGAAAGGAGAAGACGCAUUCGAACAACCAUAGCAAAACAUAAGGAUAAUAUUUCUUUAACAUUACCAAAAGAAGAAUAUGAAAGGUGGAAAGAGGAGCAAAUUGCAUUGGAAAAAUUUGAAUUAAACCAAAUUAAAGAGUCAAAUCAAAGAGAACAUGAAAAGUGGCUGAAAGCUGAAAAAAUUGCUCUAGAAAAUUGGAGUAAAUUGCAAGAGAAACUUGCAUAUAUGAAAAAAACUCAACUUGAGAUGCAAGCAAAAUUAAAUCUUGAAUUGGAAAUGGAAAGGCAGCAGAAAGAAAAAGAACGACAGCGAAUAAAGGAAAUUGAAGAGGAAAAUAAAAGAAAACAAGAACAGUUUAUAAAGAAUUUAGAAACAUUUUUGAAUGAUAAAGGAGAUCCACCAAGGGAGUUACUGGUGUACCAUGAAAGCAAACCUAAUUGUGAUGACUGUCCCUUCUUCCUAAAAACAGCCUGUUGUAGAUUUGGUGAUGAAUGUUCUAGGAACCACAAAUACCCUGGUAUAAGUAAGAUUCUCUUAGCAACCAACAUGUUUUCACAUUUUGGACUUGAAAAUACCAAUGUUAAUGAAUAUGACACAGACAUAACUCUAGAAUUUGAAGAAAGUGAUACAUAUAGAGACUUUAAAGAAUUCUUCUAUGACAUAUUACCUGAGUUUAGAAAAUUUGGAACAGUUGUUCAGUUAAAGGUAUGCAAUAAUCAUGAAAAACAUUUACGAGGUAACACAUAUAUUGAGUAUGCCGACCUGAGAAGUUCAGUGGCGGCCUAUAGAACACUACAUGGUCGAUGGUACGGUGGAAAACAGCUUACGUUACAAUUUUGCGAAAUAAAAUCUUGGAAAAAUGCUAUAUGUGGGUUGCAGUCUAGAAAGCGUUGUCCCAAAGGAAAUUCAUGUAACUUUUUACAUGUCUUUAGAAACCCCGGAAAACACUUUCAAGAUGAAUAUUACGAAUCAAGGACUACACCUUCAUCUUCGAGGAGUUGGCGCUGGUCUAAGUCUCCAGAACGAGAGCCAUCACCUCAUGACAAGCAUAAAAAAAAUAAACAUUCUAGAGAGUGCAACUCUAGAAGAUCUACUAGAAGUGAACACAGUAAAAGAAAUAAAUAUAGGUGUUAACAACA